GCGCGGCGGAUCCAACGGAGCAUGCGCUCGUUUGGUCUUUAAAAAAUUGUGGAAUUGAGCACCUAAAGGCGGACUACGUUGUUAAAUAAAUAACAUCUUUGGACGGGAUGCCUCAUAUAAUUCCGAUCGAACUUCAGAUAUCACUCUAUUAGGUAAUCAACCGUCUGAAAAAACUUAGAUUAGAUAAAUUAAAACGGAGCACUUUGCACUGAGCUAUUCUAGUUUGUAGGAUCAGUGCCUGCAAUCAAUAUGAGUGAAAAGCAUUUACGAAAGGGUAGUAAGUUCCCCCAAAAAGAGAAUGGUCAGCUGCGAUUGUAUUCCACGAAAUACUGCCCCUAUGCGCAAAGAGUGCGCAUAGUACUGGCCCUAAAGGAUAUUCCGUACGAAACAGUGAACCUACACUGCUUUGAUAAACCCGAAUGGAUGUACGAUUUGAACCCCGCAGGGUUGGUGCCUAUAUUUGACACCGGAACCGAAUUACUAACUGAAAGUCUCAAAAUAUGCAACUACCUGGAGAAAGCCUUCCCCAAACCAAGCUUGCCCUUAAAUGAGCGCGAUGCAACUCUUCUGGCCGAGUUUGAUGCCUUACUGGCAUUGUUUUACAAGGUCGCCAAUAACCCGGACCUUGGCGACUUUCUUCAACUACUCAAGCACGUCGAGAAAUACGAGGGUGAGCUGAGUAAGCGAGGAAAGUACUUUGGUGGCGAUGAACCGCGCAUGAUUGACUUUAUGAUUUGGCCGUGGGCCGAACGAGCCGCCAUGUUUGAUAAGCUGUUCCCGGAACAUCUACCGGCGCCGGAUGCCUUGCACAACUUACGCGCUUGGUGCGCGAGGAUGCGCCAGCACCCCACGUUACUACAGCUCAGGACAAACGUAGAGUCGCAGAUAGAAAUCUAUGAUCUGGUUCGGGCCGGAAAACAUAAAGAGAUUGACUUUGAUAUCUGAAUAAAUUGAGUACUUCUUCA